CGCAUAAUAUCGUUUCCCUUUUUUGCUGAAGGUGGCUAUUCGGGUUGUAGAAUUUGUUCAAGUUUCGGUAUCACGCUAAGGAAGACCAAAGAAAUUGCAUCGUCGCAGUUGAAGGGCUCGGCCAUGUUUGUGGUAGGCAAGAAGCCGGCGUACAUGUUCUUGUAAAGAUCACCAUUUUGUUGACUGAGUAUUCUUUAGACCUGAGAGAAUGCCAAUGACAUGUGUAGCAUAUGGCUGUAAUAACCGGUUUUUCAAAGGAUGUAAAAAGCAGUUUUUUAGGUUCCCUAUGAAAGAUCGUAAACGGCUUUUUGACUGGAUCGCAGCAAUUCGACGAAAGAACUGGAUGCCCUCAGAAACCAGUAGAAUCUGCAGUGAUCACUUUACACUUAAUGAUUACAUGCUGCGCCCAGGAGCUCAGAUUCCUCGGCUGAGACUAGAUGCUGUACCUUCUGUAUUUGAUGGCUUUCCAGACGAUUUAAAAGAGAGGCUUAAAAGAGAAAAAGAGGAUAAGGAACGAAAUAGAAAAGAAGUACACAAUAAAACAGAGGUUCAGAUCAUCCAGACAGAUGUGGAGAAAUGUCCCUCAAGCAGUAAACUGGAGGACAAUACUACCUCAAAGGACUCAGGCUCUUCUCAGGAAAUAGUUACAGCUACUGAUGGGAAAAUACCUUGUGUGGCCAAUCGCUGUACUAAUCUUUUCUAUGAUGGUUGUGAAAAUGUGUUUUUCAGGAUGCCUAUGGAGGAUCCAGAGCUACUGGGUAAAUGGGUUCUGGCAAUUCAAAAAAAAUACUGGAAACCCACCAUUUCUUGCAGAAUCUGUAGUGAUCAUUUUAAGGAGGAAGAUAUUAUUGCUUGUACAGGAACACUGGCUCCUAAGCUUCGCAGCAAUGUAGUGCCUUCCAUUUUCCACGUUAAACGGAAGAAGAGAAGAAAGAAGCGGGUAGCUGAACGUAUGGCUUUCAGACUGGGUCAGGAAGAAGAAUGCAUCACCGAGGAUCACACUUAUUCAUCAGCACAAACCAGCAGUGGCAAAAGGAGAAACAGUUUCAAUCCUACUAUUCUCACUCUGAAGAAAAACGUAAAGACUCUGCAGAGACAAGUACAAAGGCAGCGACAAAGAAUAAAUAGCUUGUAUGAGCACAUUAAAGAAUUAAGAAAAAAGAACAAGGAGAGCUCUAACUUUUGCCAAAUUCAACUCGAAAGCAUUUUAUGAUCAUGAUAAUUGUUUACAAAAGCUUCGGCAGCAGAAAAAAACAUUUGUAUUUUCUAAUUUUUGCCUUUUUUUUAACUGUUGUACAUCAUCAAUCCUUUUGCAAAUGAACAAGGACUUAACAUACCUAUAAGAUGUAUUAAGAUGACCUGACCCAGUUCAUAUAAAUAAAUACACCCUUGCAACAUUUUUUAUGUCCUCAUUUAAAUAGAUGACCUGUUGAGCGUACUGGGAUUUUUUUGUUUACAAUUCGCAAUGUGAGACAAUAAGCUUCAUGUAAAGUUUUUUAAAAAAUAACCUAAAGACAAAUUCCUUUUUUAAAAGGAAAGGUCACCUUUAAAUUUUAGUAUGUUAUAAAUGGAUAUAUAUGCUAAGCAUUGUUCCAUUUGGUCAUUUUUUUUUUUGCAUGUUCGUUAUAUUAUAAUGUUAUGUACUGUGUCAAUCUAGCCUGAAAUUAAGUAUUAUGAGGUUGUUAGUGUCAGUAACACAAACAUCUAAAAGACAGUUGGUGUGUGAGGCUUUAAUAUUAUGGUAUAAACGACCACUAAAAUAAGGUCUUUAAAGCAUUCCAACUCUUACGAUGCAUAUUUUAUAUGUAAACCUGUUUAAGGGGUUCAUUCUGUAUACAUAUCCUGGACUGUGAAUUUAUAGUUAGUUCCGAUUCUCUUGCCUCUGUGCAAAUUUGAUACAGUAAGUUGUAUUUUACAAAUGGAACACCACUGCUUUGUGCAGCUUGACAAAUAUAGCUUAUUGGAUGCAAAGUGUUUGUCUUUGUAGAACAGAUGUAUGGGUUGCUGGGAGGGUUCAUGAUUUUCACAGCUGUAGGGCUGCUAUACCUCUAGUUGUUUCACCCAGUUCAAAAAUAAAACCUUCCCCUCCCAUACAUAUAUUUCUUCUUGUCACACUUGAGCACAUAAGGGAGUCAGUCAUUAAUGAUGAAGAUGACGCAUUCUGCUCAUUCACCAUACAUCCUGUGAUCUCGGAUCCGUUACCAUAUUUGUAAAUGUGGGGUAACUGUCUUUUCCAGCAUAAAGUGGGGAGAAAUUCAAUGCUCUUAUUGGGUUUAGAAAGGUUCCCAAGAUGAAGUUCCUUUCUAAUUGUAUGUGAGGGUGAUAAUAAAUAGUUUUGAUGUUA